UCCCAUAUUUUUCCUUUAGAACUUCUCUCUAGAUUGGCAAGGGCAUCAUCGCUGAAGAUGGCAAUGAAUAAUGCAUCUAGAAUUAUUGGUGCAGGAUUAAAGAAUCAUUUAAAAUUUUCUAGUGUUAGAGUUUUUGCUCCAAGAAUUUCUAGUGUUGCAUUUUCUCAGUCGAAUAGUUUACAUGGAAAAAAGUGGAAACACAGUAUUCUUGCAGAAAGCUCGAUACUAUGUCGAACAAAUUUGGUUUCCCAGUCACUGGCUAGUGUUCGUAGCUUCAGCGAGAAACCUCCUUUGACUCUAGAAAUGAUUCGUGAUCGAGUUCUUCUAGUUUUAAAAUUGUAUGACAAAAUAGAUUCUGAAAAGUUGACUCUAGACUCCCAUUUUAUGACUGACAUGGGUCUGGAUAGUUUAGAUCAUGUGGAGGUUGUCAUGGCAAUGGAGGAUGAAUUUGGUUUUGAAAUCCCAGAUUCAGAUGCAGAACGACUGCUGAGGCCUAAUGAUAUUAUUAGAUAUGUAGCUGAUAAGGAAGAUGUAUAUGAAUAACCAUGGGGUGUGAAAAAAUCUAAUUUUCUUUAGCUGAGAGUUCCAGCUUCUAUGGAAACACUACUGGAAUAGAAAAUGAGUAAUGUCUGAAUUGAGUUAUUUCACUUUUAUUGUAGUUAUUUCAUUAUGAAUAAACUGAGAUAAUAAAAAAAAUUCUGUUCAAUGUAA